AAGGAAUGUGUGUGGCUCACAGCUGUAAACUUGAACGUUUACAAAAUGCUUGUUGGUGCGUUCAGGGUGCUACAUGGUUGCAGGUGAUUUCAGUUCUUAAGCUUCCGAAGACGUUGCCUAAUUUGGAUCAGCAGUUGUCCUUUGGUGACUAAUUCAGGCAUCCUUCUUGGUAGCAACUCUUCCUCCGCAGUUCAGAAGGUCCAGUUAAGGGCCAGGAUGACAGCCCUUUUUUGUCUUGAUACAUCAAAGGCAUAAUCUUUCCAAGAUGCCUUAUCAGACACCUCUUUAUCCUUGUUCUGCAUGUGUUCAUGUGCCUAAUAGACAUUUUGCUGCUGCUGCUGCUGCUGCUGCUAGGAGCUGGAAUACUCUGCUUGCAAUACAUUGCCUCUAGGAGAGGAUGCCCUCUGGGAUGCGAGUCACCAACUUUAUCUUAUGCUGUUUGCUGUCUUUUGCUUUACUCUUCAGUUCAAGUCAACAAAAUAAGGCCUGAAAAGAAAACAAAAAAAGGUACCAAAGAAAAAGCAUCAAAUGAAAAACAAGAUGACAUAGAAAAAAUAAAGUCAAUCCCCUUUAUGGAAGAUGAACCUGAGGAUGAUGUUUACUUAAAACGCUUAUAUCCAAGACAGAUAUAUGAGGUGGAGAAAGCUAUUCAUUUACUUAAGAAAUUUCAAAUUCUGGACUUUACACAUCCAAAGCAAGGUGUUUAUCUUGAUUUGACACUGGACAUGGCACAGGGGAAGAAGAAAAAAGUGGAGCCAUUUGCCAGUGUUGUUAGUUUGCCAUACCCAUUCGUUUCAGAAAUCAAUAAAGUUGCUGUAUUUACAGGGAAUGCAUCAGAGAUUAAAAUAGCAGAAGAACAUGGAGCUGCGUUUGCAGGAGGAACUAAUCUGAUUCAGAAGAUUUUGGAUGAUGAAAUUGAGCCAGACUUUUAUGUAGCUGUUCCAGAAAUUAUGCCUGAGCUUAAUCCAUUAAAGAAGAAACUGAAAAAAAGAUUUCCAAAGCUUAAUCGAAAUUCCAUUGGCCGUGACAUCCCCAAAAUGCUUGAAUUAUUUAAAACUGGAAUUGAAAUUAAGGUAGAUGAAGAAAGGGAGAACUUUCUCUCGACCAAAAUAGCAAUACUGGAUAUGUCAAGUGACCAGAUAACUGCCAAUCUGCAAGCUGUUGUCAAUGAAGUUUGUAGGCACAGGCCGCUGAAUUUGGGACCCUUUGUGGUACGAGCUUUCCUUCGUAGUUCGACAAGUGAAGGUUUGUUACUAAAGAUGGAGCCAUUGUUGCCUAAAGAAGUGGAAACCAAAGAAAGUAGCAAAGAAGCUGCCUGAAAGUGUUGUAUUGUGAAAUUAUCCAUAGUGGAUGAAGAAGCAACAGAAAAAUCAUAAAACUAUAAUUUCUACA